AUGCUUUACACGUGUGCCUGCUCUGCUAUGGAGGCCAACACACAGUGGCACCUGUUGCUGGUCACCAUGCACUCGGCCGUAGAGAAGGCGAGCGGCCACCGCUUCAACUCGCUGCUGUGUAACCUGUACAGGAACUGCAAGGACCGCAUCGGCUGGCACAGUGACGAGGCUGUGCUGGGCACCCAGCCCACCAUCGCCUCCUUCAGCCUGGGAGAUAUGAGGUUGUUCAGCCUCUGCAAGCAGUCCCUGACCCCCUAUGGAAAUGCAAAGUACUCCCAAGGGUACAACUUGACAGAGGAGGAGGAGGGAGACUACAUGUACGUGGAGAGACUGCGGAUCCCUUUGACUCAUGGCACUCUGCUGAUGAUGGAAGGAGCCACACAGGAUGACUGGCAGGUAAACCCAGCCAAUCAAACACAGGGACACGCCCCAUCAACACCAUAUAUGUCCAACACAGGAUGA